CCAAGCCAAUGUGCCAACACUCAUGCUCAAAAAAAAAAAUGUGCCAACACUCCAACACCCUUCUGCACUUCCUCCGCCACGUCUCCUUCCCGCCGGAUGCGCACCUCCUGCCGUCCGCGCUCAAGUCAUGCCACGCGCAGCCCCUCGCCCGCGCGCUCCACGCGGCCGCCGCGGUCUCCGGCCUUGCGGAGGAUCCCUUCGUCGCCUCCUCGCUCCUCCACACCUACAUCCGCCUCGGAGCCACCAGCGCUGCCCGCGUUGUGUUCGAAAGAAUGCCGGACAAGAGUGUCGUGGGCUGGAGCGCACUCAUCGCCGGUUACUCUGCACGAGGUGACGCCGAGGUCGCGUGGGGCCUUCUGGAGCGGAUGCGAAGCGCUGGGGUCGAGCCAAAUGUGAUCACCUGGAAUGGACUGGUUUCCGGGCUGAACCGGAGCGGCAGCGCCCUCGACGCUGUCAAGGCACUUGUGAGGAUGCACGGGGAAGGGUUCUUGCCAGACGCCACCGGUGUCUCGUGUGCACUCUCUGCGGUCGGGGAUGUGAAAGAGGUCUCGGUUGGCGAGCAGCUGCAUGGAUAUGUGGUGAAGGCAGGGUGCAGGCUAGAUCAACAUGUGGUCACUGCGCUCAUUGACAUGUACGGCAAGUGUGGGCGUGCUGAUGAGAUUUCUCACGUGUUCUAUGAGUCCAGCCACAUGGAUGUUGCUUCCUGCAACGCUCUCGUCGCUGGGCUCUCUCGGAACGCCCAGGUCUCUGAGGCAUUGUUGUUGUUCAGCGAGUUUGUUAGCCGAGGAGUCGAGUUGAAUGUUGUGUCCUGGACCUCGAUUGUUGCCUGCUGUGUGCAGAAUGGGAAAGAUUUGGAAGCGGUUGAUCUUUUCAGGAAGAUGCAGUCAAAAGGGAUCGAGCCGAAUUCAGUCACGAUACCCUGCGUACUGCCAGCAUUUGCCAAUGUUGCUGCUCUUAUGCAUGGCCGGUCAGCACACUGUUUUUCUCUUAGGAAAGGAUUUCUUCAUGACGUUUACGUUGGCAGUGCGUUGGUGGACAUGUAUGCAAAGUGUGGCAAGGUCAGGUAUGCGAGGACGAUCUUCGAUGCAAUUCCGUCUAAAAAUACGGUUUCGUGGAAUGCGAUUAUUGGUGGCUAUGCAAUGCAUGGGGAGGCUGCAAAUGCUGUGCAGUUGUUCUGUUUGAUGCAGAAGUGCAAACAGAAGCCCGACCUAGUCACAUUUACCUGUGUCAUUAGUGCCUGUGGCCAAGCUGGCCUGACAGAGGAGGGGCGUCACUACUUCAAUGAAAUGCAGCAUAGUCAUGGCAUUUCCCCUAGGAUGGAGCAUUAUGCAUGUAUGGUUACUCUGUUAGGACGGGCUGGCAAGCUUGAUGAGGCAUACGAUCUCAUAAAUGAGAUGCCAUUUGAGCCAGAUGGUUGUAUUUGGGGGUCCUUGCUGGGCUCUUGCAGGGUUUAUGGAAAUGUUUUCCUAGCCGAAGUCGCAGCAGAAAAGCUAUUUGAACUAGAGCCAGAAAAUACCGGCAACUAUGUCCUGCUUUCCAACAUUUAUGCGUCUAAAAAAAUGUGGGACGGGGUAAACAGAGUGAGGGAUCAGAUGAAGAAUAUGGGAUUGAAGAAAGAAAAGGGUUGCAGUUGGAUAGAGAUCAAGAACAAGGUGCACAUGUUGUCAGCUGGUGACAGUUCACACCCCAUGAUGACUGCAAUAACGGAGAAACUAAAGCAGCUUACCAUUGAGAUGAGCAGGCUGGGCUUUGCACCGAGCACAGAUUUUGUCCUGCAUGAUGUGGAAGAACAAGAAAAGGACGAUAUCCUUGCUGUGCACAGUGAAAAGCUGGCUGUUGCAUUGGGCCUCAUAAGCACGAGCCCAGGAACACCCCUCCGGGUGAUAAAGAACCUCCGGAUUUGUGGCGAUUGCCACGAAGCAAUGAAGUUCAUAUCAUGUUUUGAGGGGAGGGAGAUAUCUGUUAGAGACACUAACAGGUUUCAUCACUUCAAGGAUGGGAAAUGUUCUUGUGGGGAUUACUGGUGAUUUUUCCUGCCCUGACUUACUGUCUGUACAACAACUUGGUGUAGGAAGGUGAAUGAGCAUGCAUGUCCCCCUACAUUAUGGUGGAUAUUGUUUUCAUGAGGUAAUGUAAAAUCAUUAUAUCCAAAGUAAGAAACAGAAUCCAACAUGCGGACCUGUGCAUUAUAUGCAGAAUCAAAGAAAAAGUUCACUCCUGUGCUAUGUGAUGUCUCCAGUUGCAAUUUCAGUUUUCUUAAUACCAUGUUGCUACUAUUUUCGUCAGUCUCAGUUUUAUUACCUAAUCAUUCUGAUCUACAACACACCAUUAUCUGCUGUUUUCCAAAGGAGAACUUUAUUUCAACUCUACACGCCACCAUGGGCUUCACCUUGAGUUAGUUGUUUUACCUAGAGACUGAUUGGUAUCCAAGCAAGG